AUGGCGGAGUUCUCCUCCGUAACAGGUUCCAAACUUUUAACCUCGGGACCAUAUUAUGCUCAAGCCAAAGGUCAGGUCGAAGCAGCCAAUAAGAUAUUGAUCGGUUUGAUUAAAAAAAGCGUGGGGCAGAAGUCAAAGAAUUGUCAUAAAACCCUAAACCAAGUUCUAUGGGCAUGUCGCAGUUCUCCCAAAGAUUCAACUAAGUAUACACCUUUUCUACUUGUGUAUGGGCACGAAAUAAUGUUGCCUUUAGAUAUCUACCUACAUUUAGUCAGGAUUCAAAGGCAAUUUGAGAUCCCAAUUGAGUUCUAUUUUGGAAUGAUGUUUGACAAGCUGGCUCAGUUAGAUGAGGAUAAACUAACUGCUCUAGACAUCUUGGUGAGACCAAAAGAGAGGGUUGCUAAAGCGUACAACAAGAGGGUCAAAUCUAAAAUAUUCAAUGAGGACGACCUGGUUUGGAAGGUCAUAUUACAUAUGGAUUGA